AUGCCGUUCACCGUACGCAGGACAGACUCUCCCGGAGGGCCACCCAAAGCGACCACUAUUAGCAGUAUCGAUCCCAACUACACUGGCUUUGACUAUAUAAGCUGGUAUGUUGGUAAUGCACGUCAAGCAGCUACCUACUUCGUCGCCCACUUCGGAUUCAAGAUUGAUGCGUAUCGCGGGCCGGAAACGGAAUCGUGGCUGACAUGUUCCUAUGUUGUCUCCAACGGCGACGCACGAUUUGUCUUGACCAGCCCAAUUGCCGCACCCGACAACACAUCAGAGAAGCGCGCCUCCGAAGAUGAUCGCAGGUUCUUGAAUGAUAUCUAUGAUCAUCUAACAAAACACGGUGACGGGGUUAAAGAUAUUGCCUUUAAGGUUGAUGAUGUAACAGGCGCAUGGGAACAAGCUGUCCAGAAUGGGGCAACGCCUAUUCAGAAACCGACCUUGCUGCAGGAUGAAAAGGACGGAACUGUGCUCUUUGCAACAAUUAAGACCUACGGUGAUACAGUCCAUUCAUUGAUCAACCGCUCCGAGUAUCAUGGGGUCUUUCUCCCGGGGUACCAAUCGGUGACGAAUAUGGACAGGUUGAAUGAGCAAUUACCCAAAGUGGACCUGAUUGAAAUUGACCACUGUGUGGGAAAUCAGCCUUGGAAUGAGCUGGAUGAGACUGUGAAAUAUUACGAAGAUGCCUUGAGUUUCCAUAGAUAUUGGUCUGUGGAUGAUAAAGACAUGUGCUCGGAUUACUCUGCCAUGCGCUCUGUUGUGGUUGCUUCGCCAAACGAAAUCGUCAAAAUGCCUAUGAAUGAGCCCGCUGUAGGUCUAAAAAAGUCCCAGAUUGAGGAAUUUGUCGACUACUACAAUGGGGCAGGCUGUCAGCACAUUGCCUUUCGAACGAACAAUAUCAUCGAGACGGUCGAAAGCCUGAUGAAGCGUGGGGUCAACUUUCUCUCAGUGCCUGACAGCUAUUAUACCACUAUUAAGGAACGGUUGGGAUCCAAGAAUGUCAGUAUUGCAGAGGACAUAAAGAUUUUAGAGAUGUACAACAUUCUGAUCGACUUUGAUGAGGGUGGAUAUCUUCUGCAAAUAUUCACAAAACACGUUGUCAAUCGUCCAACCGUGUUUAUGGAAAUCAUCCAGCGGGAAAACUUUGAUGGAUUUGGAGCUGGAAAUUUUAAGAGCUUGUUUGAGGCCUUUGAGAAAGAGCAAGCAUUGCGUGGUAACUUGUAG